AUGAAUUCCACGGCAGCAACCUACACGCCACUCGAAUGUCUAUUGUUAUUUCAAACUUUGGUCGCAUACGGCACGGAAGAGCAAGAUUUCGAUCGAAUUUCUGGCCUUCUAACGAAUAAUGAUCUGGUCAAGAGCUCGGAGGUGUACGAUGCACAGAGAUUGAGUGCCGACGCUCUGCGUCAAUUAUAUCUCCAAUUAUUGCGCGAUGAAUUAAGGGCGGAGGAUGAGGUUGUGGAUGACCCGAUGUCAAGGAAACGAAAGCUACCAACACCUCCUCCCCCAUCGAUCAAGGAUGCCCAGGAAUACAAGGAGAAGUUGCCUUUGGUAGUGGACCGACUCUACGCGCGAUAUCGAGAUGUUAUGGUAAAGGCGAUUGAGGAAGAUGAGAGAAGGUAUGCCGCGAUUCAGGAAGAGAUUCGCGAAAUCGAGAGUGGAGAAUGGGACGACAAGAUACUGGAAGAAGACAGGCUUGUGAAUGCAAAUGCUACGGAGACACCACAAACGAAUGGAGCACAAGAGACACUACCCCAGGAAGCCCGGGAAGAGUCCUCCAAGAUGUCCUCCAAGGUGUCCUCCAAGCCAAAUACUCCACUGGCGUCCCCAAGACCAGAAGGCUUACCUAUCAGCGAUGUCCUGAAUAGCAAAGAUGCUACACCUGUUCCUACCAGAGGCCCAGAUCCUCCUAGAGCUCAUGGAUUCCCUCCCCCGAUGAGAACGGGCAGUACCGGGCCACAUGGACCUUCUCCUUUACAAGGCUUUCCAGACCAGAGACCACAAGCCCAAGCUGGAUAUGGGCAAGGGCAGCCUCCAUAUCAGCCUCAGCAUGCUAUUCCAUCCGGCCAACCGCCAGGAAACUACACACAAUGGCAAACACUCUCUCCGUCUCACUUUCAACCUCCAAAUGGCCCUAAUGCACAAUACAAUCAACAUCAACCACCUCAGAUCCAUCAUCCAAGACCAUUCUCCAGUCCCCAUGGCAUUCCACCUCCUCAACCACAUGUACCAUCAUCGCCAGUCAAUCAACAUCCUAACCAGAUUGUCUUACCUCCUCCAAAUGGAAUUCACAGACCACCAGGCUCUCCGGCUAUGCCUCUUGAUGCACUUGCUGAUGCAGCGGGCCAGCACCGUGGUUCUGGUUCUCCUCGACCAUCACAAGGUCCUCACGGAUCGCCAAUGAUGCAGCAGGAGCCUCAUGGAUCUCAGAUCAUACAGCCUCCCCACGGAGCUCCUAUGAUGCAGUAUCCUCCUCACGGGUCUCAAAUGAUGCAACACAAUCAGCAGAUAUACCCAGGAACCCCUAUCAUGCAAGGUCCCCCACCUGGUGGCCAAUACACACCUCAUCAGCGAUCACCUUCUGGUAAUGGACCGAUUCCAUUCAAUCAACAAUACGUACCGUUCCCAGGCAAUCAACAAUACCCGCCACAACCUCCUCAUCGUACGUCGUUUCAGCAACCAAACAUCAUUCAGCAGCAGCCCAAGACGUACAAUUCUCCUUACAAUGCGGGCCAAGAGCGCAAAACUUCUAUUCUACCACAGACGCCCUUCUCACGGGGGCCACCUCGCCACAGUACUGGAAGCGGAACGGUAUGGACGCCAAAUCCCACUGGUUCUACACCCAAGAACUUCGUGGCCUUCGAUCCCCCAGAGAUAGAGCCCCUCAGUCCUGUCCUGGCCCCAGCCAAAUCGCCAGAGAAGAAGACCCCGAAAACGCAGACACCAAAGAAGCCUGAACCUACCAAGCCAUUGCCAUCAGUCGAGCAACCCAAAAAGCAGACCAAACCUAAAUUACCUCGUGGCAGUUAUCGUGGUCGGGCAGAAAGCACGGCAUCAUCAGCAAUUGCUGACUCUCAUCGGAGCCAGUCUGUCAUGUCACAUGCUGACGAACUUUCGUUGGACAAUGAAAACAUAACCCGGAACGUCAAGCAAGAAGUCGCAACUCCGGUUGGACUUGAUGACGCUGGCGACACUACGGCCGAUGAGUUACCUCGACAUCCUCGAACCGGACCUUCGCCUGGCAAAUCAAUGAAGAGGAAGCGGCAGUCUAGUGUUCCAUCUGCACCUAUCGAACCCAGACCGUCAAAUCCACCUACUCAGGUUCUGUGGACGAGAGCCUUUCCAAAGAUCUCAUCCUCGGCGUUGGAAUCGAUUGCAGGACAUAAGAAUGCAAGCACAUUCUCGUAUCCAGUCAAGGAACGAGAUGCACCUGGCUACAAGAAUCUCAUUCUCCGACCUCAAGAUCUGAAAUCUAUUCGAUCAGCAAUCAUAGCCGGGUCUCGUGCUGCAGCUGCCGUCGUGGCAGAAGAUCCAAGUCUCAAUGUCAACCCCGCGGCAUCAAGUCUUUUGCUACCUAUCUCCGAAGAUCUCAUCCCGCCCAAAGGCAUCAUCAACUAUGCUCAACUGGAGAAGGAGUUGAUGCGGAUGUUCGCAAACGCCAUCAUGUUCAACGCGGAUCCAGAUCGAGGACUCGGUCGACGCUUCCACGAGAAUGGGAAGGACAAAGGAGAUGUAAUCGGUUACGAGUUCGACGUGGAUGGGAUUGUCAAGGAUACCAAGGCUAUGUUUGCCGAUGUCGAGAAGGUUGUUGGGAGUCUCAGGAGUGCGGAGCGGAGGAGUGAGGAGAUGAGGGAGGGUUCAACUGUUAGACAAGCACCUGAGGAUGAUGAUGCGGAUGAAUUGGCGGGUGAUGGAGAGUCACAUGUUGGGAAUACUGGGACUGUGAAGAGGCGAAGGAAGGCAUGA